AGGGAGGGAGAGGAUUCAAAUUUUGGGAAACGGUAAUAUAUAGAAUUUAGAAAUCCCAGAAAACAGACUUCAUCUAAGCUUUUCUUCUUCCUCUGUCUCUCUGUCUCUAUUUAGCAACUCUCUCUUUCUUAGAAGAGCUAAGAAAGAAACAUAGUAAUGAAGAGGAAUGUUGUAGUAGUAACGUUUGUGGAUUUUCCCUUUUGGGUCCUUCAUCUUUCUACUCUCAGAUCAGUUUAUGGCAGAGCAGACCCUCCUCUUUCUUCCAUGUCUGCACCCAUUUCUUCACCAUUCUAUGCAUCAGCAUCAUCAGCAGCAACCUACUCUCCAGGGAUUGAAAUAGUAAGCAGCAAGCAGGAUAUGGAUCCCAAUAGGACAUUAUUUAUAGCACUCAUUUCUGCUUCUGGUGUGGUGCUGGGUGCAAUCAUCUUGGUCAUGGGUUGUUUGUGGAGGAUUUAUCACUGCAAGAAGAGAAUCGAUGAAACUAUUCACACUUCAGAUGAUAUAGUUAAAGGGAAGCCUCGAUUUCCAUCAUAUGUGAACUGCUCAAAGGAAAAUUCAUGUGUGAAAAAAUGCGUAUCUUUAAUGGAGUACGAGACGCUAGAAUUGGCCACAAACAAUUUCCGGGAAAGCGAAAUCUUGGGGAAAGGGGGGUUCAGUUGUGUAUACAAGGGCAAGCUGGAAGACGACUCGUUUGUAGCUGUGAAGAAGCUACAAGAAGGCGUAACUCAAGAUGAUGAUGCCAUACAAGAAUUUGAGACCGAGGUGGAGUUAUUGAGCAAAAUUCAGCAUCCAAAUGUGAUAUCUUUGUUCGGGUAUAGCAUCCGUGCUGAUACAAGGCUAAUCGUGUAUGAGUUGAUGGAAAACGGAUCUCUGGAAGAUCAACUACAUGGACCUUCCCGGGGAUCAGCGUUAACAUGGAAUCUCAGGAUGAAAAUCGCGGUGGGGAUAGCGAGUGGAUUAGAAUAUUUGCAUGAAUGCUGCAAUCCACCCAUAAUCCAUCGAGAUCUGAAAUCCUCUAAUAUCCUUCUGGAUUCCAACUUCAAUGCCAAGCUUUCAGAUUUUGGCCUCGCUGUGCCAGAUGGGGCCCAAAACAAGAACGACGCCAAGCUCUCGGGAACCUUAGGAUAUGUAGCUCCAGAAUACCUAUUAGACGGAAAGUUAACUGAUAAAAGCGAUGUUUAUGCAUUUGGAGUUGUACUUUUGGAGCUUCUACUAGGAAGAAGGGCGAUGGAGAAACUGGCACAAGGUCAGUGCCAAUCCAUUGUGUCAUGGGCAAUGCCGGAGCUCACAGAUAGAUCAAAGCUCCCGAACAUCGUGGAUUCAGUGAUCAGAAAUACAAUGGAUUUAAAGCAUUUAUACCAGGUUGCAGCAGUAGCUGUGCUAUGUGUCCAACCGGAGCCAAGUUAUCGUCCAUUGAUAACAGAUGUGCUGCAUUCUCUUAUCCCCCUCGUUCCAAUUGAGUUGGGCGGGACGCUUAGAGCUUCUGCGACUGCACAAAACUCAUGAUUCUGGGAAUGGAAGGAAGUCUGCAUCUUAGGACACUGCUCACUUCAAUCUGUUUCUUGGCACAAUAUUUUGGUGAUAGUAAGCUGACAGAAGAAGAAGAAUAAGAAGGUGAAGAAGGGACAUUAUUGGGCAUUGCUAAUUGGAAUGGAAUAUAUUUUAUUUGUGAGUGAGAGUAUUAUUCAUUACCUUGUAUAUUGAUUGAUUGAAGCCACACCCACCAUGUGUAAUUUAAUUUGUUCUUUCUCACA